CCUGUCGUCGUCGUCUUCAUAUCAGCCAGUGUUCGUAAGACAAAUCCCUUCGUUUCCAGUUUUCGUUGCAAUAAUCUAAAGCAGAAGUAGAGCAAAAAUGUCGAUGAUUCCGAGCAUUUUUGGCAGUCGAAGCAAUAUUUUCGAUCCAUUCUCACUCGAAAUCUGGGAUCCAUUCGAGGGCUUCCCCUUCAACAACAACAACAACUCCUCCCUCACUUCCAUCCCCAAUUCGGCUCGUGAAACCUCUGUAGUGGCCAGUGCUCGCAUUGACUGGAAGGAGACCCCUCAAGCUCACGUGUUUCAUGCCGAUCUCCCAGGGCUGAAGAAGGAAGAGGUGAAGGUGGAAGUGGAGGAAGGAAAAGUUCUCCAGAUAAGCGGUGAGAGGAGCAGAGAGCAGGAAGAGAAGACAGACAAGUGGCACCGCGUGGAAAGGAGCAGCGGCAAGUUCGUGAGGCGGUUCAGGUUGCCUGAGAACGCCAAGAUGGAUCAUGUGAAGGCUAGCAUGGAGAACGGGGUGCUCACUGUAACCGUCCCCAAGGAGGAGGAGAAGAAGCCCGAGGUUAAGACCAUCGAGAUCUCUGGCUAGAAGCUUUCUGUUUCUUGUGAUCUGCUAAUACUGAUAUGAAUGUAGAAUUUGCUUAUAAAUAAGUCUCUAAUCUUUAAG